UUCUUGGACGAUGGCAUUCAUUAAUGCAUGAGUAGAAUCCGGCCCUUAAAUAUGAAAACAAAACACAGCACAUAAUGAGUCGAACAAUGGCCUCGAAACUGCGCUUGGGGAGGGCCAUCACACAAGGGACGACCUUCUCAUUCGCCAACCCACCAUGUCUCCCUCACAGGACCCGGGCGCUAUCUUCCACCCCCUGCCUCUCAUCCCGGGGGCCCAAGCCCACGCCCACCGCACCACCGCCUGCGCCAGCAGGGCCAGGAGUUGAAUCCCCGCCGCGGCCCGCCGAGGGGAAGCCCUUCCCGCCCGCGUGGCUGCGCAACACCCUGAUCGCCGCGGCCGUCGGCGGCACGCUCUGGGGCUUCUACGCGUGGGGCCAGUCGCGCAGCGGCGACCUACCCCUGGCGCAGUACCUGCUCACGGGGCGGGAGCUCAACGACACGACCUUUGUGCCCUUCACCAUUGUGUCGCGCGAGCCCGUGACGGCCGACACGUCCGUGCUGACGCUCCGCCCGCGCCACCGCACGCUGGGCGCGCGGUCGUCGGCCGCCAGCCGCUUCCACGCCCGCCGCCUUGACUGGCUCUCGGACUGGUCGCCCUGGAUCUGGCUCACGGGCGCGCGCGAGCACUCCAACGAGGCCGUCUACGCCCGCGCCUGGGCCCACGGCCUCUGGGCCGUCGAGGUCAAGCAGCCGCAGCUGCAGAUUGUGCGCGAGUACACGCCGCUGCCGCCGCCGCCCCCAGUUGAGGGUGGUGAGGAGGAGGAGGACCCGUGGGAGGUGAGCCGCCGCAGCGGCGACCUGCGCAUCCUGGUCCGCGCCGUCGACGGCGGCGAGGUGUCGAGCUACCUGGCCCGCCUACGGCUAGGCGCCGUCGUCGAGCUACGCGGGCCUCACCUCGGGCUCGACGUCAAGAGGCGGCUCGGUAGCGGCGGCGGAACGGAGAGGGAAAAGGAGAGGCGCGUGGUGUUCCUGGCCGGGGGCACGGGCAUCUCACCGGCGCUGCAGGUCGCGCACGCGCUGCUCGACGGCGACGACGACAACGACGCCAACAGCAAACCCUCCGUCUCGAUCCUGUGGGCGAACCGCGAGCGCCGGAGCCUGGCACCGUCGUCGCCCGUCGUGCGCCAGCUGGACGGCAUGGCGAGGCGCCACGGCGGCCGCCUCGCCCUGCAGACGUUUGUGGACGAGGACAAGACCUUCAUCGACGGGAAGCUCGUCGCCGCCGCCGUGCUCCCUGCAAAGAGCACCGCUGCUGCUGCUGCUGCUAGUGCUCCGGCGGCGCCGCCCGACGGCGCCUGCCCAUACCACUCCGAGGCGCUGCUGCAGCGCACAGCGACCGACCCGCCCGCCAACGAGGGCGGUGCGUGCCGCUGCGGACCCGGGGCGUCCGCGGGCGCGGGCAAGGACCUGGUCUUCGUGUCGGGACCGGACGGGUUCGUCAACAAGUUCGCGGGCGCCAAGGUCUGGAGGGACAAGCUAGAGCUGCAGGGCCCCGUCGGCGGCCUGCUGGGCGAGCUGAAGAAGAAGAACGCCGAAAGGCUGCGCAACUGGCUCGUCUUGAAGCUGUAGGGGAGAUCCCGCUGUAUAUAACUGUAUAAUCAAGUAAAAAAAAAAAUCCAAAAAAAAAAAAUCCUGCAUAUCCAGCCAUAGGCCC